AGCUCUCCCUGACACCGGGAAUUCCGCUUCGGGUAGCCCACGCGCAAUGGCAGUGCAAACCCCGGAGGCGCCAGUAAAGUAGGACUCUCCCUUCAAAAUAAAACACAAUCACGCCAAUUUCGCCCAAUUAAAAAUUGUUAGCCUAGCUACCUUAUUAACAUCAAUGACACGAUGCAAGAAACCUGUUAUUUAAUUGCAUAGUCGGUCACAACUAGCACACAUUAGCUAUGUUUUACGUGUGGCGUAACAAAACAGCGCACUUUGCGUUUGUUUGAAAGCACGGUCGAGAUGUCGCACUGAGGUAGCUUAUGUGCGCAAUAUAAUAGGAAAAUAGAAAAGGAAGAAUAGUGUUCAUUCUAAAAAAAAAAUUUUGUUUGUUUUUUUGCACGAUUUAUUCAUAUCAGAUUCGGCGCUUAAAGAAAAACCACGGCGAAAUAGGAUUCAGCUGUGAAUCGUCGAAGAUGAAGGGGUUAAACAGGUGUAGCCGUUGCUACCGGCGAGUUGAGCUCAUCAUUGCAGCGGACAGAGUAUUGAGGGACAUUAAUCGACUCCGGCAGACUUGCAGGCUCGCAACUAGAAGGAACUAGAAGGUUUACAAAAAAAGCGGCGACGCCGGCGAUGGGAUGGGAAUGCGGACACAAUAGUAAAACCACACCGUCAUUAAUGACAGACAUGGAAUAACCGAGCACGCGUCAGCGUAAACAGACGGGAAUCGGGAGUUUCUUCUCUUUCGCGAGAUGACGUAAAAUUUGGACAAACGCGAGUCGCCUGGCACCAAGGGAAGUGAAAACUAUCUCGACCCCCCUUCUGCAUCGAUAAGUGGCGGUCGGCUCAGCUGCAGCGAGCCCGACGUCUCGGACAGAAUACUUCGAUGCUAGAAGUUUUGAAGUGUGUGUUUUCCCCCCGUGGAUUACAGUAUUCAACACAGAGUCCGUUAACCAUUUGAAGUGUCACCCGUCGCAACGGACACUUUGGCCGCAAAAAGUCUUCAAACUCUUUGGGGAGCAAGUCAGGAUGCCGGUUAGACGGGGGCACGUGGCACCGCAGAACACGUUCUUGGACACAAUCAUUCGGAAAUUCGAAGGCCAGAAUCGCAAGUUCGUCAUCGCCAACGCGCGGGUGGAGAACUGCGCCAUCAUCUUCUGCAAUGACGGCUUCUGCGGCAUGUGCGGCUACACGCGGGCCGAGGUCAUGCAGAAGCCCUGCACCUGCAACUUCCUGUACGGCCCGCGCACCAAGCGGCUCGCCGUGGUCCAGAUGGCCCAGGCGCUGCUGGGCUCCGAGGAGAGGAAGGUGGAGAUCGCCCUCUACAGCAAAGACGGCGUGUGCUUCCCCUGCAUGGUGGAUGUGGUUCCGGUGAAGAACGAGGAGGGCGCCGUCAUCAUGUUCAUCCUCAACUUCGAGCUGGCGGCCGACGGCAAGCCGCUCGCCUCCCCGCACCGCGAAAUCCGCCGCAAGAUCCCCAUCCCCUGGAUCUCUGCAGGUCGGCGGUGUGGCUUUAAGCUCCGCCUCCCCCUGCUGGGCCCGGGGGGCGUCCGGAAACGCUCUCUGCGGGACGACCCGGAGGCGGGGGGCACUCGGGACACGUCCCACCUGGUCCAGGACGGGUCCCUGGCGCUGGGGGAGCUCCUGACCCCCCGGGAGCGCCCCCGCCCGGGGGGCCCCGCCCUGCUGUGGGCGGAGCGGCGGGCGGCGGACGGGAGGCUGCAGCUGCUGCAGUCGUCGCUGCGGCUGGACCGCGACGCCUCGCUGUCCAGCUGCAGCCUGACGCGCAGCCGCUCGCACCAGAGCCUGCAGAGCGCGCGCCACGCCUCCUCCGCCGACGACGUGGACAGCGCCCGGCUGGACCGCGACGGGAGGGCCCCCGCCCGCUGCGCCAGCACAGGUGCGGUGAACAGCAAGCCGGGCCUGCAGAACUCCACCUCGGACUCGGACCUGGCGCGCUUCCGGGCGCUCAGCGCCAUCCCCCAGAUCUCCCUGAACUUCGUGGACCUGAAGCCCGACCCCUUCGUGGCCCUGCCGCCCGGCGACGUGGACAUCCUGGCGCCCUGCAAGCUGAUGGACCGCACGCACAACGUCACCGAGAAAGUGACCCAGGUGCUGUCGCUGGGCGCGGACGUGCUGCCGGAGUACAAGCUGCAGGCGCCGCGCAUCCACAAGUGGACCAUCCUGCACUACAGCCCCUUCAAGGCCGUGUGGGACUGGCUGAUCCUGCUGCUGGUCAUCUACACGGCCAUCUUCACGCCCUACUCCGCCGCCUUCCUGCUCAGCGACGAGGAGGAGGCGGCCAUGCAGACCUGCGGCUACUCCUGCAGCCCGCUCAACGUGGUCGACCUCAUCGUGGACAUCAUGUUCGUCAUCGACAUCGUCAUCAACUUCCGCACCACCUACGUCAACGCCAACGACGAGGUGGUCAGCCAGCCCGGGCGCAUCGCCGUGCACUACUUCAAGGGCUGGUUCCUCAUCGACAUGGUGGCUGCCAUCCCCUUCGACCUGCUCAUCUACCGCUCAGGAGAGGAGGUGCUGAAGGGUUUCCCAGAAUGCCUGCAGGCGGACAUCUGCCUGCACCUGAACCGCACGCUGCUGCAGAACUGCAAGGCCUUCAAGGGCUCCACCAAGGGCUGCCUGCGCGCGCUCGCCAUGAAGUUCAAGACCACGCACGCCCCGCCCGGCGACACCCUGGUGCACGCCGGCGACGUCAUCACCGCCCUCUACUUCAUCUCCCGCGGCUCCAUCGAGAUCCUGCGCGGGGACAUGGUGGUGGCCAUACUGGGAAAGAACGACAUUUUCGGCGAGCCCAUCAACCUGUACGCGCGCCCGGGGAAGUCCAACGCGGACGUGCGGGCGCUGACCUACUGCGACCUGCACAAGAUCCACCGCGAGGACGUGCUGGAGGUGCUGGACAUGUACCCCGAGUUCUCCGACUACUUCUGGGGCAACCUGGAGAUCACCUUCAACCUGCGAGACUCCAACAUGAUCCCCGGGUCCCCGAGCAGCGGCGACUCGGACAGCGCCUCCUUCAGCCGGCUGCGCAGACGCAAGAUGUCCUUUCGCCGCCGCACCGAAAGAGACGCGGAGAACGCGGCCGGAGCCAAACAGCCCCAGAGGCCCGUCCGUCGGCCCCGGAAGCAGGGCGUGGGUAACCGUGGCGACGGGCGGAACGCGGAGCGGGAGGGGCCCCGGAGCUCCGACUCCUCCCCGCCGCGCUCCGUCGGCGGCGGCGACGAAGAGGACGAGGAGGAGGAGGAAGAGGAGGAGGAGGAGACCGUGCUGGGCUGCCACGCCCCUCCCUCGGUGCUCGACCUUCACGGGGCCCACCCCGGGGCCCCAAACUUCGGCGACGUCCUUGAAGGGGACGGGGAGCCUCAGGGGGGGAACACGUGCAACUCGUUGUCAGGCGCCUUUUCCGGCGUCUCCAGCAUCUUCAGCUUCUGGGGGGAGAGCCGGGGGCGGCAGUACCAGGAGCUGCCCAGCCAGAGCCUGUCCUCUCCCCCCCCGCCGGACACCCCCCUGCGCUGCCUGACCCGUCAGCAGCGCAGCGGCCUGGAGAACCGGCUGGAGCUGCUGCAGAAACAGCUCAACAGGUUGGAGACGCGGAUGUCGGCGGACAUCGGAGCGAUCAUGCAGCUGCUGCAGAGGCAGAUGGCCAUCGUGCCCCCGUCCUACAGCACCGUGUCCUCCCCCCCCCAGCCGACCCCCCCGGGGCACCCCGCCACCCCCAACCCGGAGACAGAAACGCUGGCCUCUGUCUCUCAGAUCCUGGACUCCCAGGUCUGCGCGGGGGGGCCCUUAGCCACACCCCCCGAAUGUCUGUGGAGCGCCGCGGACCCGCCCCGGGACGGCCCGUCAGAGACGCGCCCCCCGUGCGCCAGUGGCCUGGGGAGCGGCUCGGAGACGGGGGCGUGGCAGGGGGCAGUGGCGGCGCCCCCGGACUCCGAAUCCAGCCGACGGCUCUCUCUGCAGGAGCGCCACGCGCCCCUGGACUCACGGACGCCGCAGAGACACGGCUCGGACCCCGGGAGCUAGGGGGGGCGGACAGGGGGGGUCACCUGCCUCGGCCCCGCCCCGC